AUGCAAACACCAAAAGCAAGACCUGCAUCCCUGGAUGUGCCUCACAAGGUGUCUUCUGCCACACCCCGGACAGCCCGGAAGCUCAAAACUCCAGGAUCUGAUUCUGAUCCUGUUUCAUCUCCAAAUCCAGCAAGCAAAACUCCAAAAGAUAGAAGUUCCAAGGUUGUUGUUCGUCGAUCACCGCGGACUCCUGUGGCUGAGAAGAAGCGACCAAACGGAGUCUCUGAAUUGGAAAACCAGCUUGCUCAGCUCCAAGAGGAACUGAGCAAGUCAAAGGAUCAGCUGAACUCAUCUGAAUCUUGGAAGAGGAGGGUUCAGCAGGAGGCAGAGGAAGCUAAGAGGCAACUUGCAGUCAUGGCAUCAAAACUCGAGGAGACUGAGAAGCAGCUGGUUGAGCUUUCCGAUUGCGAGGACUCUCGUAUCCAAGAAUUGCGCAAGAUCUCUCAGGACCGAGACAGAGAAUGGCAGUCUGAAUUGGAGGCUGUCCAGAAGCAGCACUCGAUGGACUCAACAGCUUUGGCUUCUGCAUUGCACGACAUACAGAGGCUUAAGAUUCAGCUGGACAGGGUGGCUGAAGCAGAAGCUGCCCAGGCUAGACGUGCAGAGUCAGCUCAUUCCGAAGUUCAGAACUUGAGAGUGGAACUCGCUAGGAAUCUUGAGUUUGUUGAGAAAUUGAAAAGCCAGCUAAGUAAUAGCAAAGAAUUGGAAGCUCAGGUGCUUGAAGAACUUACUAGAGCCCAAAUGCAACUGGAAGUGGUGAAGAAAACUGAGGAAACAGUACGUUCUGAACAUAUCAAUGCUGUGGAAUCAUACAAAUCUUUGGUAUUCGAGUUAGAGCAAUCAAAGAAUAGAGUGAAUUCACUGGAGGAACUUGUUGGCAAACUCCAGGCUGAUCUAGGCAACAACAACAAUAUAACAGAUCAUCCAAGCACUGAUUACAUCUCUUCUGUGGACGGAGAAUCUAAUGAAUCAGAGCUGCUGAAAACUGAACUUACUGAUUUGAAACUGGAAGCAAGUCAACUUAAAGCUGCACUAGAGGCUGCUGAAAGGAGAUAUCAGGAAGAUUAUAUUCAGAGCACGUUGCAGAUUAGGAGUGCUUAUGAAGUUGUGGAGCGCGUAAAAGCAGACUCAAGUGAAAGAGAAGCUGAACUAGAGACGAAGCUAAAAGUAUCUAGAGCUGAUGUUGAGGAACUGAAGGCAAAGCUGAUCGAAAAAGAAAAUGCACUGCAAAGUAUUUCGUUCGAGAAAAAAAGAACAAAUCUGGAGGAGGAAGACCUGCCAACAGAAAAAGAAACUGAACUUGAAAUUGAACUGAAAAAAUCAGAGUCAGUUUUAGCAGACAUGAAAACAAGUUUAUUAGACAAGGAGACACAGUUGCAGAGCAUAGCAGAGGAAAAUGAGAUGCUGAAGUCUGAAAUCAUGAAAACUGAAGUAGAAAGAGGCAAAGCAAAUGAUAAGGCUCUUGUUGUGGCAGAAGAAGCACGCGCUGCAGAGCGAGAGGCCUUAAUGAAGCUUGGAUAUUUAACUGACGAAGCAGAUAAAAGUAGUGGGAAAGCAGCACGUGUUGCCGAGCAGCUCGAUGCAGCACAGGUUGCAAAUUCAGAGAUGGAAGCUGAACUGAGGAGAUUAAAGGUGCAAGCGGACCAGUGGAGGAAGGCGGCUGAGGCUGCUGCUGCAAUGCUCUCAACUGGUAAUAAUGGCAAAUAUGUCAAGAGUACGGGUUCUUUUGACUACCACACAAUUGGUGGAAAAUUGGGUUUACCCUAUUCUGAAGAUACUGAAGAUGACUCACCCAAGAAGAAAAAUGGCAACAUGCUGAAGAAGUUCGGCGUUUUGCUGAAGAAGGGCCAGAAAUAG